UAUAUCAUACUUUAGCCGUCUGUGCUUUAGCGUAAUAAAUUAAAUGUUUACGUAAUAUAAUAAUAUUCCUGUAUAUUCUCGGUAUUUAAAUUCAUCGAAUUAUAUUAUUUUAUAAUAAAAUUUCCUGCUCGAAGAUGUCCAAUAGAUCUCUAAUGCCACGAUCGCGACUGAAAAUAAAGGCCUUUGUUUAACGCUUACCUUACCGUUGAUUAAGACAUAAACUUUGUCAGCAAAAAUAGUUACCUAAUGACGCAUGGUCACUUUAUCUCGGAGUCAUUUCCGUGGGAUGCCACAAUAUCCUUGUAACUUACCAGUGUAGCCACACCUUGCUCGUUUAAAAUUAAAUCGACAUUAAGAGAGAAGCUAUGACUCGCUGGACGAUAUUUCUUUUCUGGGUUCAAUUCUUCUCGUUGGUGUUUUGUGAAUACAAAGAUCCGGAAAGUCUUUGCGCGUCUCAACAAACUUGCAAAAACUGUAUACAGACUCCACGAUGUGUUUGGUGCUCUACUCCGGUUUCCAAUCAAAGCGUGAACAGUCCAUUGGUUCGUUGUGUCACCAGAGAAAAAUUUUCAAACGAAGGCAAUCACUGGUGUCGAACGUCGGACGUGAUAGAUGAGACGAAUCAGAUGCUGAUGCUCGAAGAUCGACCGCUGUCUUCGACGAGAGGCACAGAUCCAGUUCAAAUUCAACCUCAGAGAAUUCGCUUGACACUCAGACGAGGAAAGUAUAACGUUUAGCAUCAACGAUCAAGUUAUUUCUCUAGGAUAGAAAUUUGAUUCCAAUCGAUACGUCUGGUCGAAUUUUACAGGCGAGAAAUAUCGAUUGACUUUAAAAUAUAGCCAGGCAGAGGGCUAUCCGGUCGAUCUGUAUUAUCUGAUGGACUUAUCGGCAUCGAUGGAAGAUUCUAGGAAUUUGUUGUCAGAAUUGGGACACGAAUUGGCAGAUGCUAUGCGAAACUUGACUUCGAACUUUCGACUAGGAUUCGGUAGUUUCGUGGACAAAGUUGUAUUGCCUAUGACUAGUACGCAACCGGAGAAGUUAAAAUCGCCGUGUACUUUGAAAACAGGAAAGCCAUGCGCAGCGCCGUACGAUUAUAAGAAUCAAAUGCCUCUUAGCGAGAACAUUGAUCUUUUCAAAACUCGCGUACGAGAAGCACCGGUGUCUGGUAACUUGGACGCGCCCGAGGGUGGUCUCGAUGCGAUGAUGCAAGCGAUGGUUUGCACCAAGGAAAUUGGCUGGCGACAGGAUGCUCGACAUCUCAUUGUUUUCUCGACAGACGCCAGUUUCCAUGCCGCUGGAGAUGGUAGACUGGCAGGAAUUAUCGAACCCAACGAUUGUCUCUGUCAUUUGGACGAGAAAGGGUUCUACACGCACUCGCUUCUCCAAGAUUAUCCGUCCAUAUCUCAAAUCAACAAAAUAGCUCGCGAGCGCAAUAUUAACAUCAUAUUUGCGGUGAAAAGCGAUAGGAGAAAGACGUAUGAAUUGUUGAGCGAAAGCAUCGGUGGCUCCUCUAUCGAAACGAUACGGAACAACUCUAAAAGCAUAGUCGACCUUAUCAGAGGAGAAUACGAGAAACUGGUCAAUUCCAUAACAAUGACGGAUAAUGCGCCGAAAAUGAUCGACGUGAAAUACUAUUCUCGAUGUUUGGAGGAGAACGUCGAAUUGAAAGAGCGACAAAAAUGCGGGGGAUUACGAAUGGGGAAUGUCGUCGAAUUCGAAGUAACAUUACAGGCGACCGAAUGUCCAGCGAAUUCCAGCGAAUGGCAGACAAGUAUGCAGAUAAAGCCGAGAGGUAUAGACGAGAGUUUGACGAUCGAGCUGAGCAUUAUCUGCGAUUGUCCUUGUGGACAUCCAGGACAUCCGGGAUACGUGGCAGCUUCGGAAGAUUGCAGAGGAAACGGUACUUUGGUUUGCGGUGUAUGCUCUUGCAACGAGGGCUUUUACGGGAAGCAGUGUGAAUGCGAAGGGAACGAUGCCGGCGCUGAGAGCGUAGCUGCCAUGGCCGACUGCAAGCCUAACAACGAGACCACUGAGAUUUGUAGCGGCCAUGGACACUGCAAGUGCGGCGUAUGCGAUUGCGCGAAGCGUCCUAAUCCGCAAGAAGUAUUUUAUGGCAAAUAUUGCGAGUGCGAUAACUUUUCUUGCAAACGCACCGAGGGAUUGGUUUGCGGCGGGCGAGGCAAGUGCGAGUGCGGGACUUGCAAUUGCUUGCCGGGAUGGGGCGGCGAGACGUGCGAUUGCAAAGAAACGAAUAGCACAUGCAUACCAAGCAACGGCGAAACCAUGGAGAUUUGCAGUGGACGCGGCGACUGCAUUUGCGGUAGCUGUCAUUGUCAUGAAAAAGACAACGUUCGAUAUUCUGGACAGUACUGCGAAGAAUGCCCCAUAUGUCCUGGACAAAGAUGCGAGGAACUGAAGAACUGCGUCGAAUGCAUGGCGUACGGAACCGGGCCUUUUGCCGAAGAUGGAAAGUGCGACGCGUGUCUGCAUCAGAUAGAUAUCGUAAACAAGGUCGUGGAGGAUCCAGAGAAGGAUCGAGAGACGGGAGCUCGUAUUUGUCGAACUCCAGGAGACGCUGGAUGCACGUUUGUUUUCAAGUACGAAUAUUACAGAGGUGGUAGCGGAGGGGAUAUCAAGAUAUUCAAGAUUCUCGCUGAGAAGGAGAGGGUAUGUCCUACUCCUGUCAACGUCCUCGGUGUCGCCGUGGGAUUGAUCGUUAGCACCGUAAUUAUCGGUUUCUUCGUUCUUCUCGCUUGGAAGAUAGUAACGACGAUACACGAUAAACGGGAAUACGCAAAAUUCGAGCGAGAACGAGCCCUGGCUAAAUGGGAUAGGGCCGACAAUCCGAUUUACAAACAAGCCACGUCGACGUUCAACAAUCCGACGUUCAACGAAAAUUCUAAGGAUUAAAUAAAAUUCAUUUUCGCGCGAAUUAUUUUCAACGAGAAGAAUUCGAUUGUAUCGAAAGGUAGUCGCUCCGAUAGGUAGCGCCACUGUAAUCGAAUCGAGGACGUCGACGCCAUGUUGGUUAAUUACUUUGUGAGAAGACAAUUUCUAGUCGUCGAGACGAAUGUUUAUUCUUCCAAUCCCGUGGAGAACAACCUCUGUCUAUACCUUUAUUCCUGCAUUCUUAUCCAGUAAGUGACGAUAUAUCCAUCUUUUCCUUACUUUUCGUUCUGAAAUCAUUCCCGAAUCUUGCUGGUACCUUGCGUCGCACCUUGUCGUAUCUAGAGCGUCGUAAGAAUUUUUGGCGGCAAUUAAUCUACGUCGAUGUUUAACGUAACGUAACGUACGAUAUUUCGCGAGGGGGGUCUACCAGGAAGUAAAACGAAUGCGAUCGGGACGGACGAGAAGACGAAGGUCGAUAAGCGAUCACUCGUAAAUCAGUUUUAAAUUUGAUCGGAGGAUUUUGCGUGGAGAUAGGUCCUGGCCUUUCGGACGAUUGUUUCGAAUAUCCUCUGGCCUCGUACUUUAUUGCUUGCUAUGCUCGAAGAAGGCAGCCUCGUAAGGAGCUCGUAAAUUCGUCACCAUAGUCGGCUCCUGCUGCAAAACCCUGCGGCGACUCGCUGUAUUUCCCACCAGAAACCUAAAGCUCCACUCACAUUGAAUCCGCCCAUACGACUUGAUUACUCGUCCCUGAUUACCUCCUUGGUCUCCAUUAUGUAUAGUGGCGCUCGUUUUACGGAUAAAGACGUGUCAAGGAAUGCGGAACAACACUUUCAAAGAUUUACUUUAUCAUCGUUAUUAAGCGUUACCGACGAUUGGCAAAUUUCGGGAGCUAAAUUAUUGUCGUCGUUACGUCGAGAUGUAGCGACGAAUAAAAAUGUAUUUACCAA